UACGCUUCGCUGAGCUCGUUCUCAUCCCCUUCUCUAUAUAUACAGGAACCCCACAAACAGACAAGCAAACGCCUUGGCGUUAAGCUACUAAGCUCAAGUUGCCUCAUCUGCAGCUGAAACCAAAGGAAACUGCUCGUGCACAGGACAUCGCAGAGAGAUGGGAAGACCACCGUGCUGUGACAAGAUUGGAGUGAAGAAAGGGCCAUGGACACCAGAAGAAGACAUCAUGCUGGUGUCUUACGUUCAAGAGCAUGGACCUGGGAAUUGGAGAUCUGUUCCUACUAACACAGGUUUGCUCAGAUGCAGCAAGAGCUGCAGGCUCAGAUGGACUAAUUACCUCCGUCCCGGUAUCAAGCGCGGUAGCUUCACCAAUCAAGAGGAAAAGAUGAUCAUCCACCUUCAGGCUCUUCUUGGUAAUAGGUGGGCGGCCAUAGCUUCAUACCUUCCUCAGAGGACUGACAAUGAUAUCAAGAACUACUGGAACACCCACUUGAAGAAGAAGCUGAAGAAGCUUCAGGACCAAGCAAGUCCUGAUGAAGACGACUGUAACCACCACCAACAAGGGUUCACUACAUCUUCAAACUCCAUUCCCAAGGGCCAGUGGGAGAGGAAGCUCCAAACCGACAUUCACAUGGCCAAACGAGCCCUCUAUGAAGCCUUGUCAUUGGACAACCAAGAAAGCUUUUCGAAUGAAGCAACAACAGCACUUGGCGAUGGCGACGACAUUUGCAACAGACCGCCACACCAAGAAUCAAGCUACGCAUGGAGCACCAAGAACAUCGCGAGAUUGCUCGAAGGAUGGAUGAAGAGCUCGCCGAAACCAGGGAAGACCAAAGCGGAAACCGCUGCCUGCUUCUCAAAUGUUUCUAACAAGAUGGCUGCCACUGCAGGUUCGAGCACCAGCGAAGGCGGCGUUACUGGCGUGGCAACCCCAGAGUGCUUCGACUCGCUCUUUAGCUUCAACUCCUCGAGCUCCGACGCGUCUCAAUCUGUGUCGGCAGACGAAAACAAUGUCAAUUUGACGCCGGAAACGAGCGCGAUCUUCCAAGAGGAGAGCAAGCCGAGCUUGGAGAGCAGUCAUAACCAUCCAGUGCCAAUAAAGUUGAUUGAAAAAUGGCUGCUUGAGGAUGGUUCAGCUCAGGGACUCCAAGAUGACUACCUCAUGAGCAUGGCAUUAGAUGAGGAUGUCUUUUUCUCACACCACCUAGAUCGAAAUUAGGGAAGCGACCAAUUCUUGCAUGGACAAGGUCCAGUUGAAUGGAAACGGAUCGCCGUGGACCGGGUCUAUGCAAGAAUUUGGCUAGUUAGACAGACUCUUUGUUUGUCUUUUCUGUGUAGCAUAUAUAGGUCCCAAGCUGUUGUAGCCCAAAACUGAGGUAAAUAUUCCCUUUCUAGGAGAAGAAGGAAGCAAAGUGUGCAAAAUUGAUGUGUAAUGUGAUUCUGUCUACUUAUUAUCAACAGGAGAAACAUAAAUACGUGCUUUCACGUGUGAUUA